GGGACUAGCGCGAAUUCCAAACGAUUUCCUGAAUCCAUUUUUGUGCAAGGAAGGAAUCAGCUCAGAGUUAAAGAGGGAGCUGUGCGGCCUAUCCAUUGUGAGAGGACCUUCCUGCGCCAUCUGUUUUGUUUGGAAUCACAGGUGUUCAUGACAACUCAUCAGCCAUUAAGACGGACUACCGUCCACCGAGACUCUGCCAAUGCACCACAUAGAGUACGAGUGUGUGUGCGAUUGCGCCCGGCAGUGGGAACUGGACAGGGUCAAGAUGCCCCAUGUGUCCGUGGUGUGGACUCCCAUUCCUUGGAGAUCCUUAACUGGAGGAACGAGAUGGAGACAAUGAAAUACAAGUUUGAUGCUUUUUAUGGAGAAUCAGCCACUCAACAUGACAUCUACAUGGGGUCAGUUCAGCCUAUCUUGCGCCAUUUGCUGGAAGGGCAAAAUGCCAGCAUUCUGGCUUAUGGCCCCACUGGAGCAGGCAAGACACAUACUAUGUUGGGAAAUCCAGACCAACCAGGAAUGAUACCACGUGCUCUUCGGGAUGUCUUGCAGAUGACAAGAGAUGCCUCAGUGGAUGGGAGGAAAUAUUCUGUUUCUAUGUCCUAUCUUGAGAUAUACCAAGAGAAGGUUUUGGAUCUCCUUCAGCCAUCCCUUCAAGACUUGCCAAUUCGGGAGGAUCGCAACCACCACAUCUUGGUGCCGGGCUUGACCCAGCGAGAGAUCACAAGUUUUGCUGACUUUGAGAGUCACUUCUUGCCCGCCAGCUGCAAUCGGACAGUGGCGUCCACACAGCUGAAUCAACGCUCCAGUCGGAGUCAUGCUGUGUUGCUGGUGCGAGUGAGCAGAACAGAAGGCUGGCCGCCAUCUGCACAUCGGGCCGCCAAACUUUGCCUCAUUGACUUGGCUGGCUCAGAGGACAACCGUCGGACUGGCAACAAAGGCCUGCGCCUGAAGGAGAGUGGUGCUAUCAACACCUCACUUUUUGUCCUCAGCAAGGUGGUUGAUGCCCUCAACCAGGGCUUGCCCCGAAUACCCUACAGAGACAGCAAACUUACCCGUCUUCUUCAGGAUUCUCUAGGUGGUAGCGCUCACAGCGUGAUUAUUGCAAACAUUGCACCUGAGAAGAAGUAUUAUUUUGACACACUCACAAGCCUCAAUUUUGCUGCCAAGUCCAAGCAGAUUAUGAACAAACCUUUCACACAAGAAACACUGCCUGAGAUUGAAGUUUCCAAGAGACCUUAUGAAGGUACCAGCAAUGGUGGUCCCAAGGCAAAGAGACUUUGCAUAGAGGAGGAACAACCAGACGCGAUUGUGGAGAAGCCACUCAGUUCUCUGCUGCCCCUAAAGGACCUGGAGCCAUCUGUGGUUGAAAGGCUGCUACGAAUAGAGGCCUUGGAAAAAAAGAGCGCUGGAGCUGGAAGUCGUGGGGCUCCCCUCAUCAACACACCACGCAAGGAGCGCAUUACUCUUUUGAAACAGUUGGAUGAGACUAUGCGUGAGCUGAAGAUUCUACAAGCAAAACAUCAGGAACUGCAAGCCGUGGCCCAGCAGAAAAAAGCUCUUGCCCCUCAACUGCCUGCCAGGCCCAGGAAACAGGCAACCGUGUUGCCUCUCCAGAAAGUGGAGGCAGCUGAGCAAACUCAAAAGGUGGAGGCUGAAGAAGAGGAAAGCCUUACCCUCAUAACGCAGAAGAAGAACAAUCGAAAGAGGAAGGCUUUGGGUUUCGACUCUGAAAAUGAGGCUCCCCCUGAAUGGGAGAUGAAGGUACGCCCUGACCUUCUGGCUCAUGGCAAAAAAAACAUCUUGGACCUUCUGAAUAAAGGCUCUGAAAAGGAUCUCAUGAGCCUACAUUACAUCGGCAAGAAGAAAGCUCAGCUCAUUAUAAGCUGGAGAGAAAUCUAUGGAUCAUUUGAGAAGGUGGAGGACCUUGGAAAGAUCUAUGGCAUCUCCCCUAAGCAAGUAGCAUCCUUUGUGCAGGCAAAUAUCUUGGAACAUUGUGGAAAAAUUUUGUAACCAGAUCUGAUGUGCAGAACUACAGCCCUAUAUCCUUGUUUUAAUUCAUUGUGACUGGUUUUCCAUUUUGUUUAGCUUCAGUUUAAUAUGCUGAUAUAUGUGUGUGUGUGUAUGUGUGUGUGAGAGAGAUCUCAUUCUGGCAAUUUGUCUUGUAAUUAAGGCAAGGCUCAUAAUGUAACAAAGAAAAAAUAGUUUUUUAUACAGGAAAGUGAGGCAAAAGGAUGCAUCUGUAGCAAAAAUGCAUAGUUAAAAAUUGCCUGCUGGAAAAUAUUUUGUAAUCUGGUGAGAUUGUUUUAUUGUUUUAAUAACUGUUUUGAUAUUUGGUGAUGUACUGUUUUUAAUAUGAUUUAUGUUUAAAGUGUGGUUUUACUAUUAUAGUUGUAAGGCAUUGAAUUGUUGCCAUUAUCUAUGUGUAAACUGCUUUGAGUCCCCAUAGGGGUGAGAAAAGCGGUAUAUAAAUACUGUAAAUAAAUAAAUAAAUAAAUA